AUGGCGUCUCUCAAUUCGGCAUCAAAGCCAAAAUGGGCAACGGUCAACACUACUCUCCCAGCUCGUCCGCUGCCGCUCAAUUCCAGCCGAAUCCCCGUCACGACGGAUCGCUUGAUCAUCCGGGCUCUUGAUGCGCAAGAUCUUGAUGGCCUGCACUCGAUCCGCACUCAGCCCGAAGUGAUGGUCAACCAUCCCCAAGGGCGGAUAGACAGAGAUCUGGAGGAAACGCGACCAAAGCUCGACCUCUUCCUGCCACCCAAAGAUGAAUCACAUUACAACUUCGCCAUCUGUUCCAAGGCCACUGGGGAGAUGAUUGGGAUCGGAGGUUGUCAUCAGUUGAAGUCCAUGUUUGGGUGGCCUGCCAUGGGGUACAUGUUUCGCAAGGAAUUUUGGGGACAGGGACUUGCAACAGAAUUCACCCGGGCGUGGCUGGAUAUGUGGUGCAGGCUUCCCCGAGACGAGGUCCAUAUUGAAGUUGAUCAACGAAGCGUCCCAGAUGGGGAGGGGAAGGCGUUGGAGGUCAUGACGGCCUUUACAACUGCGGAGAAUCUUGCCAGCCAGAGGGUGCUCGAAAAAUCCGGCUUCGAGCGAUUUCUGAUGUGGGAGGAGGCCGACCUGAGAGACCCGGAUGCCCAAAUCACUCUUGUGGCAUAUCGAUUCUUUCCGAGCAAGCAGCUGGCCAACUGA